UCUGUACCUAGUCCAGCGACUCUUAGUACCGGAACAGAGCGUGUACUUAUUUGUGCUAAGUACAUUAUAAAUAAAAACUAUUUACUCAUAACCAGAAAGAAAAGUUAUCCAAUAACCUUAAAAAUCCUCUACGCUCACCAUAGAGCAACACGGACCUCUUUACAACCUUUACAAGUUAUCCAAUCUCCUUAAAGAAUCCGCUACGCUCACAGAGCGUCAGAAAAUCUCAGAAAAAAUCAUCCUGCCAGAAAGCGAUGUCAAACGCCGGGGGCCGCCUUCAUAUGGCGUAGUUGGGAUCAAAAUUCCGUAAUGAGAAGCGCGUAUGUCUGCACGUUGGUAUGCCUGGUCUUAUCACAGGCUUCGGCCGCAGACAAGGCCACGACAGAACAAACCCCAGAGAUAUGUAGUCACCAAGGGCACAGACUUGUGGAAGCCAAAUUCGGGAAGGAAAAACACUGGCUUUGCCUAAAGCUAGUCAGUUUAGGAGGUUCCUUGCUAUCGACGGAACACACAGCCCUAUUCCUGGACCCUGACGACACGGUGGACCGCACCAACUCGUUGCUGGAGCCCCUGGACACCACCAUGGCGUAUGGCUACCCUGUCGAGGCACCAGCUUCGGGCUCCGCCGAAGGAUACAUCGGAGAAGACCAUCAUUUCUAUGGGGUGCUGCACUUAGGUAACCGAACCCUGCACGCGGAUCCGUACGGCCGAGACGACCCGAGUCGCUCGUUCGGCGCGUUUGAGAACGAUUGGGGGCCAGAGAUCGUGCGCCCGCGCCGCCACCAUGCUCAGCAGCAAGAGGGGCAAUUCGGCAUCCACUUCCCGUACCGCAUCGAGGAGCGCCAGCACGUCCCCGGCAUAGCACGCGCACGCGUCUGCGACCUCCUACUGCUGGCUGACAAGGAAUUCUUCGAGAAUGACGCCAACUCUAGUCUGAACCACGUAGUCAGACGGAUGGUGCAUGCAGUCGCGCAAGCCGACAUUAUCUUCAGGAAUACCGACUUCAAUGAGGAUGGGGUGCCGGAUAAUAUUGGGUUCUCAGUGAAGUACAUCCUAGUGCUGACCUCAAACGAGACGAACGAACGCGUGUUUGGAGACCUGCUAGCGGCCAAGAACAUCGACGGGAGGCAGUACCUGAUGCGGUUCGCGAGGCUGCGGCGCCUGUCAGAAGUGUGCCUUGGAGUCGCCUUCUCGGGUCACGCUUUCCAUAACAGGACUCUUGGUUUGAGCUUCACGUCUCUGGGCGGCGGCAUGGGCGGAGCGGCGGGUGGGCUGUGUGAUCGGCGCGCUUACGGGCGCUCUUUCAACACCCUGGCCCUGGCGCACGCCACUACUGACGACCAGGACCGGGUGCCUGAGAGGAUUGCUGCGCUUACGCUCGCUCAUGAGAUGGGCCAUAGUUUCGGCGCUCACCACGACGAUAACUUCCCGAACCCCGAAUGCCGCGGCUAUCUGAUGGGCUCGCAGUCCUCCACCGCGGAGACCAGCAGACACUUCGAGUUCUCCAUCUGCAGCAAGCGGCUCAUAGCGGCUACGCUCAACAGCAUGAGCUACUGCCUCACUGAGGAGGACAGACCUUAUUGUGGGAAUGGGAUAGUGGAAGAAGGUGAGGCGUGUGACUGCGGGAUGCCAUCGAGCUGCAGCCUGCGAGACCCCUGCUGCACGCCUCGGGCUGGAGGCGCUUUGGUCUACGAGGAGGGCACGUUGCACAAGGAGGGGUGCUCAGUAGCGCCGACUGCGAUGUGCCACCCCUCGCAGGGGCUCUGCUGCAACGCCGAAUGCAAGUACACCGACCUCUCACGGAGUGGCAUUGACUGCUCGACCUUGGACCAAGAGUGCACCUGCAUGAACAUGGACGACUGCCGCUGCGCCCUGGGAGGCAGAUGUCUACCUGACGGCACCUGCCACGCCUCUGAGUGCGCACUGCUCGGACUCAGGGAGUGCCAGUGCAAUAAAAAAGGGACGGGCGGGAAGGUGAGCGAGGCGCGAAUGUGCGGAAUAUGCUGCCAGCUGCAGAGCAGGGACGACGAGGAGUCAAUGUGCGUGGGCGCAGAGUUCGCGGCGCAGCUGGUGAUCGACAACGGAUACGUGCUGCCGCCGGACUGGCCUGACGACGAGUAUGUUGGACCGAACGUGACCCUGCAGCUGUGCAGCAACCACGAGUGUCAGCCGGCGAUGGUGCGCGCGUGGCAGGCGGGCGACGCGUGCGUGUCACGCGGCCUCAUCGGUCUCUGCUCGCUCACAGGCGUCUGCAAGCCAAGACAUGCCAUGCCACGGUCUAAUGUCUUCCCGGAUAUCAUGAGUAUGAGACUGAUGACCAGGGAUAAGUCUAGCAGCACACAGCUGGGAGCGUCUAGUCCGCUCAUGUUAUUGUUGCUGUACUUUGUCAAGUGAAAUACACGUCUU